CGUCCCCACACUCACGAGCCCUCGAUCUUUCUCUCCGCUCCACUUCCCUCACUGUCUUUUUGGCAUUUCUUCAAACACCUUGAACCCUUCCUUUUCUUAUCUUCUCCCUUCUCUUCGUUUCCUUUCCUUCCUUUUCAGAUCCAAGAUGCGUGAGAUCCUUCACAUUCAAGGUGGCCAAUGUGGCAACCAAAUCGGUGCCAAGUUCUGGGAAGUGGUAUGCGCCGAACACGGCAUCGAUCCCACUGGAAGGUACCAUGGAGACUCGGAUCUGCAGCUUGAGAGGAUUAAUGUCUACUACAACGAGGCCAGUUGUGGGAGGUACGUGCCGAGAGGUGUGCUUAUGGAUCUCGAACCAGGAACCAUGGAUAGCAUCCGAUCUGGACCGUACGGACAGAUUUUCAGGCCCGAUAACUUCGUCUUUGGACAGUCUGGUGCCGGAAACAACUGGGCGAAAGGACAUUACACUGAAGGCGCGGAACUCAUCGAUGCCGUUCUUGAUGUUGUACGAAAAGAAGCCGAGAACUGUGACUGCUUGCAGGGUUUCCAAGUGUGCCAUUCUCUCGGAGGAGGAACAGGAUCUGGAAUGGGUACUCUCUUGAUUUCAAAGAUCAGAGAAGAAUACCCAGACAGAAUGAUGCUUACUUUCUCAGUCUUCCCUUCUCCCAAGGUCUCUGACACAGUGGUAGAGCCAUAUAAUGCGACGCUUUCUGUCCACCAACUAGUUGAGAAUGCAGAUGAGUGCAUGGUACUUGACAACGAAGCACUUUAUGACAUUUGCUUCCGCACCCUGAAGCUCACUACUCCUAGCUUUGGUGAUCUGAACCAUUUGAUUUCUGCAACCAUGUCUGGAGUGACUUGCUGUUUAAGGUUCCCGGGUCAGCUGAACUCAGAUCUCCGCAAGCUUGCAGUCAACCUUAUCCCAUUCCCUCGUCUUCACUUCUUCAUGGUUGGUUUCGCACCUCUGACCUCGAGAGGUUCUCAGCAAUACAGAGCUCUUAGUGUUCCUGAGCUAACACAGCAAAUGUGGGAUGCAAAGAACAUGAUGUGUGCUGCUGACCCAAGACAUGGACGCUACCUCACCGCCUCAGCUAUGUUCAGAGGGAAGAUGAGCACGAAGGAGGUUGAUGAGCAAAUGAUCAAUGUCCAGAACAAGAACUCCUCAUACUUUGUGGAGUGGAUUCCAAACAACGUGAAAUCAACUGUGUGUGACAUUCCCCCUACUGGGUUGAAGAUGGCUUCCACUUUCAUAGGAAACUCCACAUCAAUUCAGGAGAUGUUCAGGAGGGUGAGCGAGCAAUUCACGGCCAUGUUCAGGAGAAAGGCUUUCUUGCAUUGGUAUACUGGUGAAGGAAUGGACGAGAUGGAAUUCACUGAAGCUGAGAGUAACAUGAACGAUCUUGUUUCGGAGUACCAGCAGUACCAGGAUGCAACUGCUGAUGAUGAAGAAUAUGAAGAGGAGGAGGAACUUCGAGAGUAUGACGAGUAAGGGUACUGUUGUGUGCGUCUGCUGCAACUUCCUGUUGCCGGUUCAUUGAUAGUUCCGGCUGGUUCGCUUUAGGCAUAUAUAUGAUAUUCAAAAACUUGUUUCGGGUUUUAAUCUGUUUUCUGUGCUAUGUACUUUUGUUGGUUAGUACUUGCUACUUAUGAAAGACAAGUAUGGUUCAAACAAA